UUCACCCACAAACUGAAGAGCCAUGAUGCCGGUACAGUUUUCGAAAGGCCGGGUGCUGCUGGCUUUUGUGCUGAUGUCUUUUAUGGUGUUUGCAAUGUUCAAAUGGACCAAUCUCAAGAACAUCCAGAUUGUCUACAUGAAUAGUGGAGGUUCCCAGGAAAAUGUACCAGCACCUGCCCAGACAGCAACGCCUGCUGUGAUAUCAAAUCCAGUGCCAGGAGGACAACCCAUGCCCACACUGCAGGUGUUGAAGACAUUAGACAGACGGCAGCUGUCACAGAUAUACCACAAUUAUGUCAACAGCGUUCAGUUUUCGUGUAAGAAGAUGGUCAGGCGAGGCAACGUCGGUGACGGUGGCUGGAACGUUUGUGAAGACCCUCCAUAUAACAUCAAGACACCCUGCAAUAUUUACUCCUUUGGGAUCAAUUACGACUGGAGUUUCGACGAUGCAGUAGCUACAGCCUACGGCUGCCAUAUCCACUCGUAUGAUCCAAGCAUGACAAAAGUGAAAGAUCACGAUAGAAGACCAAACCUUCACUUCCACCGUACAGGCCUCAACGUAUCUGAUGAAACGAAUACAAUGGGCUGGCGCAUGCGCACAUUCAGCUCCAUCCUGAAGGAAAAUGGCCACUCGCAGGCCGUGAUCGACCUACUGAAGAUUGACAUUGACUAUUCCGAAUGGUGGGCAUUUCCAGAGAUGCUGAAAAGCGGGGCUCUGAAAAAUGUGAAACAGUUUUGUUUUGAGAUUCACGUCAAGCUGAAAUCUCACCCAGAGCCGGACAUAGACAAGUACCUGAGAGGUCUGGAGCUGCUGAGAGACUUCUAUAAUGCUGGAUUUAGGAUAUUCCAUACAAAUAAAAACAUGGAUGCCAAAUACAAGUCAAUGUUUGGCAUGGAGCGAACAGGUUGCCAUGAGAUUUACAUGGUGCGCAGUGACACACAGACAUUUGGGUAAAGAUCUGGUGACCAAGCUAACAUCUAAUGCAAUUUGGUAAAAGAGGGUCAUUUCAGGUCUCUAAAAAGGU